GCUUGCUCAGAGGGUCAACAGGAAGUACUACUUGCGUGUCCCACCGCAGAUCCAAAGCGGAAAAGGCACCGACAUUAACGGCAACGGCAUCCCGUAUGGCGUCCCAUUAUUGCAAUCGAUAAUACAAGUCCUUCUCUCACUAUGCGCUGGCUAUUCGACCACAGUGACACGGACGAGCAAACAGCACAGUUCAGGCAUUCAUGGAUAUAGCUGGUGGCCCAUUCAACCAUCUGAUUCCAAGUGACCAGCUGGACGAUUCCUUGUUGCUCGGACAGAAUCUGGAAUGUGAAGCAAGUGAGGAAUUCGAACCGGGUCGGAAUCAACCUGAAAAUUCACUGAAAAACAUGCUCAGUGACAAAGAUCCCAUGUUUGGAUCUGCUAGCACUCAGUUUCAUCUAUUGGAAAAUGAAGAUGUUAAUUUUAAGCUUGAAAGCGCAACAGAUGCAAAUCAAGACAUGAAAACAGCAGGUGUUAGACAGAGCCCAUCUGAUGGGGAGCACGGUCAGCCCGGCUUUCCACGGGGCAGGAGGAGGAAUGCAAGUCAAAUACAGAGAAAACAAACAGCAAGCCGAGGUAGAGUUAGAGGUGCACCGGGCAGACCUCCGCGAAGAGCAGCACAGAAAAACCAAGACCAAGAGGCGACACCAGAGAGGUAUGAAAGCUUAGACGAAAAAAGGGAAGCCCUGCUCAGUCGUCGAUUUAAAGUCCAUGAGGUUGACUCAUCGAUGAAUCCGGUAGUAGUGUUACGCCGAUUAACUGUCACGGUGGGGGGCUAUAAAAUCGAACUACUUCCUGGACCAUCUCAAACUUUUGGAUCCUUCAACGCAAGCGCGCUUCAGUCUCUGGGCUUCCAGGAUGAUUCCAUGAUUGCUGAUGGUAUCGCACUCAAUCGGGAACAAAAUCAGAAUGCAAACACGGAAAAUAUUGAUAAUUUCACACCAGAUGUAGUGGGUGAAGUGAGUGUCGGCCAGCCCAGUAGCGACGACAUGCCUAUGGAUUUUGGACCGUAUGUGAACCCCAAUGAGGUACAAGAAGCAAACAGCACUAUGUUAAAGCCUACCGUGGAAAACGCAGCACCAGCGGAAACCAAAACGAAUGACCAAAUCAAAUCUCAUAAACAGAGCGCGCAGAAAUCUCAGAACAAAAACGGUACGGCAGUUCUGCCUGCAGUCAAAAAAGUCCUGAAACACAAGCCGACCCUGUCUGGAGUCAAAAAUAAGCAGUCUCAUCCUGGCAGACCAAGCCUCUUACAGAAGAAAUCCCUACAUCCCAAAGACAAAGAAACGAAUGUGGGCCGACCAGAAAAUCUUCAAAGUCACAAAGACAAGCCGACUAAAGUGGUCUUGAAACGCCCAGGAGGGCCUCUCGCUCCUAAACCGUCAAAACUACAAAAAACUCAAGAUGGACAUCCUGUGCAUCCAAAUGUAAGCCCACCUCUCCCGACAUCUCCGACUGUCAGCAGAAAACCAUCUUCAGAUUCUGGCCCUAGUGUUAAGCCUGUUCUGAAUAAAUCUCCUCAACCUCCAAAAAGACCACAGAAUCCCCCCACUCCGGUAAACAAAACAAACCCACCGGUGACAAACAGCCAACCAGAUGAGGAGCCAGAAAAGAUAAAGAUCAAAAAGCCAGAGAAAAUCCAGCAAAGGCACAAGAGUAGAAAUUCCAGGAGUAUCUCGAUAGAAGAACCACAGCUGUUCAUUCCUGAUAACGCACCUGUUGUGAAGAAGGAGGCCGAGGCCGAACCUCCUGAUGGUGACGCUGUGUGGGAUCCAAGCAAGCACUGUGGAUUAUGCAAAAAACCUCACAAUAACGGGUUCAUGGUGGGCUGCGGCCGCUGCGAUGAAUGGUUUCAUGGGGAUUGUGUGGGUCUGGAUAUGACUAAAGUUCAGCAGAUGGAAAAGGAAGACCAGGAGUAUGUGUGUCUAAAAUGCUGCACCGAAGAGGACGAGAAGACGGGAGCUCAGACCACAGAGCAGUCAGAUGAAAAGUUAUCAGCUAAACAAAAACAGAGACCUCCGCAGAUGGUCACUGCAGGUGGAAUUCGACCAUUCCGAAAAGAUGUAGGAGACAGACGACCGUCUGAAGAUUCAGCCCAGAAAAGUGGAGGUAAUGUGAAGCACGAAGCGAAGAAAGUCAAAGUGUCCCCUGUAAGCUCCAAGAAACCGUCCACCGGACAGAUCAGACGCAGCGUACGGGAUUCUCUGGAAGAGAUUCUUCUAAAACGACUGAAGGAUUCCGAUAUGAAGAUUUCUUCGGACAAGCCCGCCGAGUUGGCCCGAAGGACGGAGAAAGAGCUUUUCGCUCUGUUUCAGGGCGUUGACAGUAAAUACAAAAAUAAAUACAGAAGUUUGACAUUCAACCUGAAAGAUGCCAAAAAUAAUGUGUUAUUCAAGCGUGUGCUAAAAGGGGAAGUGUCCCCUGCGGAUUUGGUGCGUAUGACUGCAGAAGAGCUGGCCUCUAAGGAACUUGCUGCUUGGAGACAAAGAGAGAAUCGACAUACGAUUGAAAUGAUCGAGAAAGAGCAGCGAGAAGCAGAGAGACGCCCCAUCACUAAAAUCACCCACAAAGGGGAAAUUGAAAUAGAGAACCAGGAACCUGCCAAGGCACCGGAGGCCAUAGAGGCUGAGCCCGAGCCGGUGCCGAAAGCAACAGAAGUGCCCGAGGAAAACCCCCCCGAGACAGUAGCAAAGAAAGCAGACAGUCCUAAGAAAUCUAUCGAUACCACCAGCUUGCACAAGUCUCAUCUUUUUGACCUCAACUGCAAAAUCUGCACAGGCCGUAUGCCUCCACCUUCAGAGGAACCCAAUACAAAGGUGGUGAAAGUGGCUACAACAGUGGUGAGGAGGCAGUCUAGUGCUGCAGACGAAUCUCAGCAAUCCACAACAUCUUCAUCAGCACUGAUAGAUGAUCUCUCUUUAAGAGCCAUGGAGGAAGGCCUUCUCAAUUUGUUUCCUGAAACCAGGUCAGAUAGUCUGAGUACCAAAGAAGAUACAGCUACGUUUCUCAGCAACUUGGAGAAUCUGUGGGGCGGUUUUGUUGACAUGCAUGCUGUAGCCAAGUUUCUAACAAAAGCUUAUCCGGUCUCUGGGAUACUGGACCACCUUACACAGGAUUUGCCUGAGAACAUUCAAGUAGGUGGACGAAUUUCCCCUCAAAUAGUCUGGGACUAUGUUGAAAAGAUUCGGGCUUCUGGGACAAAGGAAAUUUGUGUUAUUCGGUUCACCCCCGACACAGAGGAAGAUGAGAUCUCAUAUGCAUUGCUAUACGCCUAUUUCAGCAGCCGUAGGAGAUACGGCGUUGUUGCCAACAACCGCAAACAGGUUAAAGACAUGUAUCUCAUUCCCCUUGGCUCCACAGAAAAAAUACCCCACCAAAUUGUUCCAUUUGACGGCCCAGGACUGGAAACCAAUCGUCCAAAUGUUCUUCUCGGACUGAUCAUUCGCCAGAGACCUAAAAGGGACUUUGGGGUAAUCCUGUCAAACGAUGUGAGCGAAGCUCCAAGUUUCUUGGCAGAAAGCAAAACUCAGGUUGACUUCAAGCAGAAGGAUCCUCUGAUGCAGGACGUGGACACUAGCCUAAUCGGCGGCAUUUUGGGGACCUCGCAAAAAAAAGACACGGCAGACUUGAUAAAGUCCAUUGUCAAUGAACCGAUCUUGGAUACAGAGGUCGAUGAGAACGUUUCUCUGCGAUUUCUUCCUGGUGUGCUGAAGGUGCCUGGAAAUGCAACCACUGCGAGCAACAACGUGAAAGGCGACUCCAGCGCAACGGCCUCGAAGACUUCACACGCUGACAGUGGAAAUCAUACAGGGAACAUUCCUAGAACCCCAAGCAGUGCUCCUAGACUUGACCGCUUCGUUAUCAAGAAAAAAGACUCCAAAUCUGUUAAAACUGAGCAGGCACCGUCCAGCUCAGGUCAGGAGAACGAAGGUAAAGAGAAAGAAGUAAACCCUCAGAGUACAGCUGUGUUAUCUUUGAGCGACAAACCUGCGGAUGUAUCGACCGAGAGUUUCCUCUCCUCUCUCGCUGCAGACAAACCCAAAGAGGAGGCAACCCAGACGGCUGAUUCGUCAAGUAGCACGGCUGCACCAACUAGACCUGAAAGCAUUACUUCAAAUGCAUCUCACGAUUCUGUUACCGAGAGCUCAUGCUCUGUCCCCAAAAACGAAACCUUAUCGAGUCCCACUACGACUUUAAAGAUGCCUCCCUCUUGUAUUUUAAAGAAAGCUUCAACUGAUAAAGACACUUCUGAUUUACAACCGCCAGUAAGUACUUCAGAAACAUCUCAACAACCACCGGCUCAACCCUCUCAAGAGUGCAAAGCUGUCGAGGACAUCCAAGCCAUCACCACCAUCUCGUCCGCAGGGAAGAACGAAAGCCUCAAGCCAUCCAGGACUCCUACUUUCAACCCCACGGUUUACAAUCCACUAAGCCAAGCCCCUCCACCAUCCCCAGUUUUUCCAUCAUACCACACUGGUGCACCUGUACACCAGUACCACCCUGCACCAGUGCACAAUUACCCUCCUCCAUCCAACCCUGCCCCUUUCAUACCUGUUCAACCACAGGCUCCUCCAUCUUUCACGUUCCCAACCGGUCACCCUCCAAUUCAAAUAUUUCAUCAAAGCGAUCUUCAAAGUCGCACGGUUGCUCCACCUUGGCUUCAAACCGUCCCUCCUCAGAUGCCUCCUCCGACGUAUGAGACCCAGAGGUUGCCCGAGUCCAGCUUGCCGCCCUCUUCGUCUGUAAGCAUAGAUGGGAAGGCAUCGGGGAAGAACCACGGAGACAAGCCGUGUAGACGCUCAGAGGAGACCUAUAGAAAGGAUGACCGAGACCACCAUGAUAGACACCAUCACAAAAGCAGGCACCACGACAGGGAUCGAGAAAAGCACAGGGAAAGAAGCCACAGUCACAAAGAUCGCCACUCGAAAGACGAUAGGCACGAGAGACCGAGAGAGAAGCAUCACAGCAGCCAUUACAGGGACAAAGACAAACACAGACGGGACUCCGAUUAUGAUAAACACAGGAGAGAUUCGAGAGACAGGCGGUCGUGAUCUUUCGUUCUGACGUUCGUUCCUUAAAAUUCUGUUGAACAGUAGAGAGCUAUUUAUAAAGUUGCAAAAUGAAUUUUAUACAUGUGAAAAGCGGAUAGUACAAGAUUUUUAGUUUUUUUAACUAUACAAAGAUAUUUGUUUGUUUUAAAUAUAAUCCCCCCUGCAUCUUUUUAAAGAUGUACUAACAGUCCUCAAAAGCAGCUGAUUAUAAUAAUUUACAAGAAUUCUGAAACUACUGUUGUGUGUAACAUGGGAAACAUCCUGUGAAUCAUGAUGACAGCUUUGUUUGUUUCACUAUUUUUCCUUCCGUUUGCAUUUUUCUAAAUUGUCUAUUUUCUAUGUUCCAAGUGACAUUUCUUUGUACAUUUUGGCUUGUCACACAGCAACAGAAACGUGCGUGUUUGGCACACUGUUUAUGUACAGUUCAUAAAAUGUUUUUAUUGUUAGUAAAGAGAUGAAAAUCUUUCUUUCUUAAA